AUGAAGCUUAUCCUGACUGCAUGCCUUCUCUUUCUUGCCACCUCGGCCUAUGCACUGACUGCUAAAUGCCUUUGUAACGGCCUCGAGCUAUUUGCGAAUCGUGAACGUUCUGGGAAAUGCAGCUUCAACGGGGCAGCGACUGCUGAUGGCAUUAAGCAACAGGACAAACGGGACACAACGCGUCCUUACUCUUGCCCUAUUAUCCCGGACUCGCCAACCUUAAUUGGAGAUAUGCAAGUAGCAUUCGCUCAGUUUUUGCAAGACUGUCCUUGUGCCCACUUCAUUUAUUGGUGCAAUCUGCUCUGA